AUGGAUCCAAACGUAACGAUCCAAGGGGCACAACAGGAGCAAUCCCAGGCCGACGCGGUGCAAGAUGGCGUCAAUGCUGCGGUCGAGGAGGAGAACAAGUUCCAAAGGGCCAUCGCAGCAUGGAGGGAUAUCGAUCUCACGGCUCUCGUUCCAAAGCUGGACACCACCGCUUCCGACAUCGUCGCGCACCAACGAGAUGCACUGAUACAGAGGAAGGAUCUUGCCCAGAAAACCAAGGAUUUCCGGAAGCUAGACGAUACUGGAAAGCUGGCUGAAGUCAAGGCCCUGCUCAAAGCUUAUCAGACCUUCAUCGACCUCAUCACGAACCAAUCCAAGACCGUGCAAUCUGGCUUCUUGCAGGUCUACUCACCACUGUCCGAGGCUCCAGACCCAUAUCCUUUGCUCGAAACGUCCAUCGACUCGCUGAUCACUGCCGAAGAAAUCGUCCCCCGGUUGACUGAGGAAAACGGGCGGUUGCAGAGCCAAGUCGCGACGCUCACUGCCCAGCUGGAGGACACGGAGAAGCAGUUGGAGAGCGAACGAACCACCCGACAGUCACUAGAAAUUUCGCGUGAUGAGAAGAUUAAGGAGGUUGAAACGUCAUGGUCUGCCGUUCUAUCGGAGAAGCAAGACAAUUGGGAGGCCAAGGAGCGAAACCUGGAGGAGAAGGUUGAGAACCAGGAUCGACUGCUCAAAGAGCUCAAGGCAAGCUACGAGGUCUCACAACGGCUCGGAAGAAGUGAAGAUGGGGAUGCUGAGUUACGACAUUCCGGAGCAACCGCAGCGGAAUUGGAAAUCGUCAGCUCCGAGCUCGAUCGUGUGAACGUGCGAUUGGCAGAGGUUGAGGGUCGGAACGAGCAAUUGAGAAUCCAACUCGCACAUUCUGCAUCCCAGCAUCCGUCGCACCCCGUGGAAGACGAUCCUGCAUAUCUGCGACUACGAUCCGAAAACCAAUCUCUGCGGAGGAAGAUGGAGAAUACCAAGCUGGAUCGUGACAGUCAAACCCGAAAGAUAGAGGGCGAACUCCGGAGCCUGGAGCGCGAGCUUGCAUCGAUCAAGCAAGAGCGCGAUGGAUUGAAGGACAAGCUUCACAAGUACUCCGACUACGACGAUAUCAAGAGCGAGUUGGAGGUGUUGAAGACGAUCGAAUUUGCAACCAUCGAAGACGACGACGAAGCAGACGGCACAGAACACAAUGGCGAGAAACGGUCUCGCGAUAACCUCGAACAGCUCCUCCUCUCGCGCAACAAGAAACUCACCAACGACCUUACUCUCCUCAGGGUCUCGCACGCAGAUUUGCAACGGCGCCUCGACUCCCUUACCUCCGAUUUUAACAAUACCACCGCGGACCUCGAGAAGAGCAAAUCUCUUAACCAAACCCUCGAAUCCGACCUCCUCUCCUUACAACAAGAAGCCACCAACGCCUUCUCCCAACCGGGCUUCUCAUCUGCCGCCUCUGUCGCUGGCACCUAUACAUCCCGCUUCCCUUCUUCCGCCCGCUCCACCGCCCGCGGGAAAGGCUCAUCCCCAACGUCCUCGAUCAUCAGCGGCUGGGACCCGAUCCCCAACUCCCCCUCUCCAUCGACCGAGGGCGUCGGUGGCGGCUCCGGUAUCCUGCCCAUGGUCACCGCGCAACGCGAUCGGUUCAAGAAGAAAAUCGCGGAGCUCGAGGGCGAGCUGCAGAAGCAGUAUGCGACCGUCUCCUCGCUUCGCAACGAGAUCGCCUCGCUGCAAAAGGACAACCUCUCUCUGUACGAAAAAUCCCGGUACCUCUCCUCCUUCUCGUCCGCUUCUCCGGCGGGACGCGGCUCGAUGGCGCCGAACCCGAACCCGAGCAAGAUCGACAUGCCGGGAGCGGCGGAAGAUAAGUAUCGUACCAUGUACGAAGGACAGUUGGGAUUGGCCCCGUUCGAGCGAUGGCGUAGCCGCGAAAAUGCGAGAAAUAUGAAACGCAUGAGCUUGCCGGAGCGUACGCUGUUGCAGGUGACCAAAGUAGUUUUUUCCAGUCGGCUGGGGAGGAAUAUCUUCGCGGUAUAUCUGCUGGCACUGCAUAUGGUGGUGUUGAUGUUGCUGAUACCUGGUCACGGCGCACAUCAUGCACAAGUUAUGGCGAGGAGCGUGACGAGUACCGUGGAUGAAGGCGGGAAAAGCGGGUGA